AUGGCUCAUCCGGUCGUCGACGUAACUUUAACUGCAAGCGUGCCACACGAUUUAGUAUUUGAGAAACACAUAGCCUUUUUGAAGUCUUUUGAAAAAAACGGUGAUCCGAUGCUUGAUUAUCUUAGGUUGUCGGCCAUUUACUGGUCACUUACUGCACUUGAUUUGAUGAAGAGCCUCGACGUUAUCAAUAGGGCGGCUGUGAUUGAAUUUGUUAAGGCUUGCCAAAAUGCUGAUGGCGGAUUCGCUCCAGCACCUGGUCACGACUCGCAUCUUUUGUCCACCCUCUCUGGCAUCCAAAUUCUUGCAAUGUUUGAUGAGUUUCGGUGUUUUAGACGCGAAGAGGCUGUUAAGUACAUUGCAGGCUUACAGAAUCCGGACGGUAGUUUUAAUGGCGACAAGUGGGGGGAAGUCGAUUCCAGAUUCAGUUUCUGUGCUCUGGCUGCACUCAGUCUCCUAGGCGUUAUUCCAUUCGGUGUAUGCGAUUUCGCCCAACCUACCGAGGGCGUUGAUAUUCAAAUGGCUGUGGAAUACCUCGUUCGUUGUCAAAAUCCUGAUGGUGGUUUUGGAACGCGUCCAGGCAGUGAGUCGCAUGCUGGACAGGCCUACUGCGUUAUCGGUGCUCUCUCUUUGCUUGGACAGUUAAGGCAGUUGGACAUUGGUAAGGCGGCUUGGUGGCUGGCUGAGCGGCAGCUACCCAGCGGUGGACUCAAUGGCAGGCCCGGCAAACAACCCGACGUUUGUUAUUCCUGGCAAGUCUGGAUUAACUAUGAUGAGUGGGUCCUCGCUUCGCUCACAAUCCUGGGUCGUCUCAUUUGGAUUGAUGCUGCUGAUCUUGCAAAGUUCAUCUGUGCCAGUCAAGACUCAGAGACAGGUGGUAUUAGCGAUCGUCCUGGCAACGUCCCUGAUCCCUUCCACACCCUUUUCGGUCUUGCUGGUCUCUCUCUACUCUCCAGAUUAGGAGCCAAAAUGGAACCUGAAAUGAAUGAGAAUGUCGAUGAGAAGACUCGCAAUCCCCUUCCGGUGGCAUUGCAUGCUCUGCGAGAGGUUAAUCCUGUCUUUUGUAUGUCUCAGCACAUUAUUGACCGCCUUUCUAUUAAUGUACAGAUUCUUUGA